AUGACACCUAAGAAGAAGAGAGCAACACCUAAGAAGAAAACUGUGACACCUGUAAAGGAAAAAGUUAAUGAUGAUGAUGGCCUAUCUCCUAAAACGAAGAAGAAAAAGAAUAAGAGAUAUGUGGGGAGGACAAGAAGGCAUAUACUGGAUAGGGAUGAGGGUCUUAAUGGGCCAAGGCAAGGGCAACAGGCUGGAGAGGAUGAAAGCCCAAAUGUAGUGCAUGGAGCAGGUGACAAUGAUGAGCCCAUUGUGGAAGAGCUAGAUUCUGACAUUGACAAGCCAUAUCAGUAUGAAUCAGAAGCAUUCAACUCUCCAAUUUCUUCUGAUGAUGAGGGUAGAAAGCCUAAAUUUCAUGAAUUUGAUGAUGACACUGGUUAUGGUGAGGUGGAUUUCGAGAUUGGAGAAAUGUUUGACACCAUAGCACAAUUCAAGCAAGCAUUGAAGGACAUGUUUGUUUUUGAAGGAAAAGAGUUAGAGUAUUUAAAAAAUGAAAAGUAUAGAGUGAGAGCAAAGUGUGCGGAAGAGGGCUGUCCUUGGCUAAUCCUAACUUCCUGGAACAGCCAGGAACUGUGUUUUCAAGUCAAAACAUAUGUUAAGGAGCACACUUGUGGGAGAAAUUUGACAAGCAACAUGGUAAGUAGAUCAUGGGUUACAAGCAAGCUAGUGAAGAGGUUGCUCACACAGCCGCAGCUAUCACCUAAGGAGGCUUUAGAGCACAUGAAAGAGGACUAUAAUGUGCAUAUCCACAAUAAAAUAAUACUGAGAGCUUUGAAGGCAGCCAGAGAGGAGGUUAUAGGAAAUGAAAAGGAGCAAUUUGGGAAGGUUAGAGAUUACUUGUCUGAGCUUCAUAGGAGUAAUCCAGGGUCAACAGCUAUAGUAGAUGUGAUCCCCCAACCUGAGUCACCACCUAUGUUUGACAAGCUAUACAUAUCAUUGGAUGCAUGCAAGCGUGGGUUCAAGUCAGGAUGUCGUCCUUUAAUCGGGCUAGAUGGCUGUCACCUAAAGGGUUAUUUUGGUGGACAUCUCCUUUCAGCCGUUACUCAAGACGCUAACAACCACUUUUUCGUCAUUGCUUACGCUGUGGUUGAUAGUGAAUGUACUGACACAUGGAGGUGGUUCCUAACUCUCCUCCAGGAGGACCUAGGCUCUUGCACUGAAUAUGGAUGGAAUUUUAUUUCGGAUCAGCAGAAGGUAUGUUAA